GAAAAUGAUGCUUUGAGGGAGCAACUAAGUGACGAUGAAUCCCUUACAGAGGAGCUGAUUGAUGGAAUGAUAUCUAAUUUUCUACAACAAGUAGAAGAUGGAAGUUGGAGAUCAGAAGGGUGGCCUCAUAGUUUCACUGAUUACUCGGUGUCAAAACUUGCGGUUAAUGCCUAUACAAGGUUUUUGGCAAGGAAGUUUUCUGAAAGGCCAGAGGGUGAAAAGAUUUACAUUAAUUGUUAUUGCCCUGGUUGGGUGAAAACUGCUCUAACAGGUUAUUCAGGAAGUGUCACAAUUGAGCAAGGGGCUGAUACUGCCGUGUGGAUUGCCCUUGUUCCUGAUCAAGCAAUUACUGGGAAAUUUUUUGCAGAAAGAAGGGAGAUUAACUUUUAAGGGGUUAGUGGAAUUGAAUUGCUACUAGCUACCACCUAAUUGCAAAGGAAAGGAACUUAGAAGUCAUGUGGUAACUUAAGGUCUGUGUGUUAAGAGCAAGCAGCACAUUAAGAGACUAGAUGUUAUGAUAGAUGACCAAAUAGUCCAUUAAUGAUUUAAUGUGGCAUUGCAAUGGUAUUUGU